ACGUGGGUGAAGCUGAAGCUUUCCAUUAUUGAAAUCCGUACCAACCUGGUACCAUUUGGUACCAGGUUGGCAUAUGCUACUAGGUAGCCAUGAGGACAUGUGAAUCUUUUGUAAGCCAGCAUAUCCCUGAAAUUAUUCAUGCCUUGGGAGCGUUUACUGUGGCAGCUGGCAUUUCAGUAGGCAUCAAUUGGUUUUUAUCCCGUCAUAGCGAGACAGAACCAGCAGAGAAUGAUGAGGCAGUCUCCGAGAAGAACGAAGACGGGGUAGAAAGCGGACUAUCCACUAAUGAAGUACCAAGAGAAAAUGCAGAGAUAUCUCAGAUGGAUAACGGCUACCAAGCUGGAAUGGGCGAUAAACACAUAUGCAUGCCCUGCGCUGGUAAAGCCCUCCAUGAUCUGCUGAUCUCUGCUCAGAGACAGGAGUGUCUGACCGUUGGAGUCUAUGAGUCUGCCAAAGUAAUGAAUAUAGAUCCGGACAAUGUCACUUUCUGCAUACUGGCUGCAGAUGAAAUCGAUGAAGGAGACAUUGCCCUGCAGAUUCACUUUACACUCAUCCAAGCUUUCUGCUGUGAAAAUGAUAUUAAUAUUGUGCGGCUGAAUGAUACCGAAAAGCUCGCUGAAAUCUUGGGCAGCACAGAUGAUUCUGGAGAGCCCAAGGAUCUGCACUGCAUCCUUAUUACGAACCCUAGCGAGGAUGCCUGGAAAGACCCAGCUCUGGAGAAACUCAGUCUAUUCUGUGAAGAAAGCCGUAGUGUUAAUGACUGGGUUCCCACGAUCACCCUGCCUGAGUGAACUGACUAGUGCAUUAGAUUGUGAAGAUCUGUUUGCAAUUCUUAUCACGGUGUUGUGCGCCUGGACGGACCAACUGCGUUUCCGAGUCGGUGGAUUACGCUGGUUUGAGGUCGGGAUGUGUUGCCAAGACUGGCAAGAUGUUGGCUCUUGUGGAGCAAAAGAGUAAGGAGGAAACUUGACAUGGACUGAUCUUCAUAAGGAUGCUUUGGGCCAGUGAAAAGCCUCCUAAUCUAAUGGCACUAAAUGGGCAGUCAUACCGUGGAGGUUGGAGUAUAUUGCAUGUUUGCAAGCCUGGAAGAACUUUUGCAAAGUGGAAAUGUUUGGCUUUCUGCAGAAAAUAGUUCAGUGCUGAUGGACAACAACUUGAUAUGCUGACAUUUGGGAAUUUUCUAAAUGUGUGGACUGAACUAUUUAACAACAGCAAAAAAAACUUUAAAAAAUUUCCUGGACCUAGCAAUAGCGGUUUAACCCUUUGCUGUUUCUGUCUCCAUCUAUGAGGCAGUGUCCUGGAAUACCAAUGAACUAUAUAUGACAGAGACUUUCUGCCAAACUCUUGGCACUAUUACAAAGCCAUCGUAAUGAUUCUACCAAUCUUUUCUGUCACGUUCAAAUUAUUUAUUUAUUUAUGUGUUUCAAUAAACAACUUGAAACUUA